AUGGAUAAAGGAGUGACAUGUGACCAUCUAAAUAAAUUAGCUGAUGUUCUCGAGAAGGAGCUGUGGCAGUCGAAAGAGAAUUUGACAUGUUUCGACUGCGGUUGUCCUGGCCCCAACCUCUGGAUAUGCUUGCAGCCUGAGUGCCAUCACAUCGGCUGCUCUGAAGUUAAAAAUGACCAUAGCACUCUACACCAGAAGAACUAUUCGCAACAUUGCGUGCAUAUGAACGUGUCCACUGAGCGGAUAUGGUGUUACCUGUGCGAGAAAGAGGUCCACAUCAGAGCAGCGCUGGCAUAUGCGGCUAGUCCAGACACGACGUGCGUGGAAGGUCCAGGUCGGCUGGGCAGCGUAGGCCUGAGCAUGGCGGACGAUGAGCUCGACCCUGACACGCAGGACAUGGACUAUGACGAUGAUGCGAGGCCUAGAGACCCGCAUGCGUCAGGUCUGGUGGGGCUGCAGAACAUGGGCAACACUUGCUACAUGAACGCGGCGCUGCAGGCGCUCAGUAACACGGCGCCGCUCACUUCAUACUUCUUGGAGUGCGCCGCCGCCGUAGCUGUGUUGGCGGCUGAUAAGAAACCUGGGAUCAGCAGAGCAUACCAAAAAUUAGUAAAAGAGAUGUGGAGUAGGAAGACAAGAGGCUAUGUUGUACCAAAUGGUAUCCUGUACGGGAUUCGGAAUGUGCACCCGAUGUUCCGAGGCUACCACCAGCAUGACACACAAGAGUUCCUCCGGUGCUUCAUGGAUCAACUCCACGAAGAACUUAAAGAACCGGUGUGGGACAGUACAUCUGAAGACAAGUUAGGUUCGGAAGCAGACGGCGACCACCAAGAGACCCGCUCCGUACACAUACGACGACGCGCCGCCUCCUCCGGCGGUGAGUUCCACACUGACUAUGCGUCGAGUGACGCGCCUUUCUUCGCGAGGAUGAGGCGAAAAUCUCCAGCACCAUCAUCGUACAGUGAAUCUAGAACUGACGGGUACUUGAGAGUACAGACACAGGAGCCAGUGACGACUCGACACCGACGGUCCGCGAGCUUCGCGGGGACUCAUCAUCUACAGUACAAUAUGUACAGCCAACAGACUAACGGGACAGAAACCCUCCGGAAUCAAAACCAAGGGCUGUGUGGCUCCGAAUCAUCUCUGUCGUGGUCAAGUGAGGCGGAGGAGCGGUACGAGACCUGUUCCAGUGGAGCUAGCGACGCACCCGAUACUAGGAGCGAACAAAAGGGCCCGGUCCCACUAGGCGGUGGUGACGGGGGCGGCGGCGUGAGGUUCCGGAGCGUCAUCUCUGAUGUAUUCGACGGGAAAUUGCUGUCUUCCGUGCAGUGUCUUAUCUGUAAUAGGGUGUCGACGCGCGUGGAGACGUUCCAGGACCUGUCCCUGCCGAUCCCGUCGCGAGAGCAUCUCGCCGUCAUCCGCUGCCAACAACCCAUACUCAACCAUCACGUCUCACAUGCCACGCAGGAGUCAUGGGUAUGGUGGCUCCUGAGUUGGUUACGGUCGUGGUUCUACGGCCCCGUCGUGUCGCUGCAGGACUGUCUCGCUGCAUUCUUCAGCGCUGACGAACUGAAAGGCGAUAAUAUGUACAGUUGUUCCCGCUGCAACAAGCUCCGCAACGGAGUGAAGAUGUCGGGCGUGGUCCGCCUGCCCGAGGUGUUGUGCGUCCACUUGAAGCGGUUCCGACACGAACUCAUGUUCAGCGCUAAAGUCGCUGCACGGGUGUCGUUCCCUAUACACGACCUCAAUAUGGCGCCCUACACGCAUAAAGACUGCACAUCAAAAAUAACCCGGUACGAGUUAUGCGCGGUGAUCUGCCACGCGGGCACCGCCGGGGGCGGGCACUAUACUUGCGUGGCGCGCAACGGACGGAACUGGUACACCUUCGAUGACCACUGCGUCACUCCACUGCCUUACCAUCAUCUGCCGCAUUGCGAGGCUUAUGUGCUGUUCUAUAGGAAAGUGAAUCCUCAAAUGGUGGCGUUACGUCAGAAGGCCGCCGAAAUAUUGGAGUCUACCAGCAUCGAGCCCAAUGAUAUCAAGUUCUACAUCUCCAAGCAGUGGAUUAACAAGUUCAACACGUGGGCGGAGCCGGGCGCCAUCGACAACAGCGACUUCGUGUGCGUGCACGGCGGCGUGCGGCCCGAGCGCGCGCCGCACCUGCACCGCCUCGCCGCGCUCGUGCCGCAGGCGCUCUGGGAGUUCCUCUACAUGCAUUUCGGCGGCGGCCCCGCCGUGUCGCACGUGCACGAGUGCUGCGUGUGCGCGCGCUGGGCGGCCCGCCUGCGCACGCGCCGCACUAGGGAGCUGCAGGCCUUCUGCGACCUGCACGCUAGCUUCCAGGAACAAGAGCGUCCGCACGCAAUCUACGGUAUCAGCAUGCAUUGGUUCCGUCAGUGGCAGGCCUUCGUACGGAACAAGACGCAGCAACCACCGCCGCCUGUUGACAACUCCGGGAUUGUUAGCAAACAGGAGGUCGAUGGUACGACGACUCUCACAAUAAAGCCGGGCUCCGACCACGCGCAGCUCAGCGAGGAACUGUGGCGGUUCUUCACCAGCAUAUACGGCGGCGGACCCGAAGUACGACUCAAGUCACCCAUCAACACGGGCCACCAGGUCAUACUCGCCGACAAAGACACCAAAGCACUCGAGACCAGGCGGCUGUCCAGGAAAUAUUCAGAGUCUGACAGGGAGGAAUACUGCACCAAAUCCACCUCCGAGAUGAACAUAAGAGACUCCUUACACGGGGAACUGCAGAAGAAUCAAUCUCUUCAGAACAUUAAUCGACGAUACAAAACCAAAGCCAAUGCUGAGUCCGAUGAAGACGUGACGUACAGGCGAGCUAGCUUCCAAUACAAGCGCACGGAGACCAACGGGAACUACCCGGAGUCUGACGACGACAUGGACGUCAGUCCGCCGCUACACAACUCCGUGUACGUGAACACGGUGCGACUCGAGAACGGACUCGACAGCUCCGACCACGACGCCAACGACAACCCUGUGCCGCACAGGAACACCUCCGACAAAGUGACAGACACUGACUUACCAAAUCUAGAUAGUAUAUCGCUGAAAAGCAAGCCCGCCAAAAGCGGCAAAGUGAGAAAAAUGAAAAGACGGACAGUCAAAUGA